AUGUCCUUGACCAAAACGUGCCAGAACUGCUUUCGCGCCAAGAUCCGCUGCGAUCGCACCCAGAGCAACGAGGCCUGCGACCGCUGCCACCGCCUGCGCAAGCAGUGUCUGUUCCGGCCCUCGACCCGCCGCUACAACUCGCAGAUGCGCGACAGCCGCAUCGAGGCUCUCGAGGCCCAGGUCCGCGAGCUGCUCGGCAGCGGCCGCACCAGCCCCUCGGCCGGCAAUUCCAUGUCGCCCGAGCCACAAGCCGCACCCUCAGACCCCGACCACGAUGCAGUCGACCAAGGCCUGCUGUCCAUGCAGCAGGCCGAUGUCUGCAUCAACGUCUUCAAGACGCGCAUGACGCCGCACUUUCCCUUCGUCGUGCUGCCCGCCCACGUCUCGGCUGCCCAGCUGCGCCAUGAGAAGCCGUUUUUGUUCCUCGCCGUCCUCGCCGCCGCCUCGUUCGACGAGAUGCCCGUGCAGCGCCAGCUCGGCAGACUGCUCAAGCAGGCCGUCAGUGAGCGCAUCCUCGCCGCCGGCGGCCUGACCUUCGAAGUGUUGCAGGGCCUGCUGGUCUAUCUGGCAUGGAGCCACUACCACAACCGCCCUCGCCUGUAUUCGCAAUAUCUCCAGCUUGCUGUGAGCAUUGUCAUCGACCUGCGUCUCGACCGUGAACCCGUCGCGGCCUGGAAGACGUAUGCCGGCAGUCAUCGGAACCCACUCAACGGACCUGCCUCGUCUUCCCGGUCCGCAGACGAGCAGCGCGCCGCCGCCGGGUGCUUCUACCUGUCUUCGACAAUAGCGAAUCUGCUCCAGAAGCUGAACACGAUCCCGUAUACAGACUACAUGGCCAACUGCUGCCUGUCACUGGCCGGCCUCGCUGAAACGCCGACGGACAAGUACCUGUAUCCCAUGGUGCGGCUGCAGCACAUCAUGGAAAGCAUCGACUUCAUGUCUGUGCAGCAGCAACAGCAGGCCGUGGUCGAGGACGAGGCGGCCACCAAAGCGGCCGUGUACGCCGUGCGCACCGAGCUGAGCGCUCUAAGGGCUAGCCUACCGUUUGAGCUAAACGAAUGCACAUCCCUACUCAUGCAGUUCCACACGGCGGAGUUGUUUCUCUGCCAAGCCGCCCUGCUCGAUUGGAACCUCUUGGCGCUUCCUUCCGCCGCUUCUUCUGGAACACCUUCCUCUUCGGCCGGUAGCGCGCUGCACUUGGAAGUGCUCUGCGCGGGCCUAUCCGCAGCCAAGUCCCUGCUCGACGCGUACCUCGCCCUGCCCGCCCGCGCCGAGACGGCCUUCAACAACUCCGAGUGGAUCCAGCUCAGCUUCGGACUUACCGUCGCCGCUCGGCUUGCCGUCGCGUCGACCACGGCCGGCAGCAUCACCGGCCCCAAUGCCGUCAUCACCGACCAGCAGAAGCAGGCCGUCUCCACCAUGAGCCAGCUCCGCGCCGCGCUGAGCAUCUCGAACGCCCUGCGGGCGAUCGCACAGCGCGUGGGGGCAUUGGCCAGCGCGACGAACAGCCAAACGGACGCGGGGCAGCAGGCCGAGGCGGGCGCGAGCGGCAACGUGUUCGCCCAGUACGAGCAGCGCGUCCGACGGAUCCAGCAGUGGUUCGACGUGCUGAGCGCACCCGCCAGACGAGAGCAGCUGCAGCAGCUCAACCGCACGCGCAGCAGCAGCAACGUCAGCCAUUACCGCAGCCGCAGCCGCAGCCGCAGCCACAGUCCGCCCCAGCAGCAGCCACCGAGUCAUCAUCACCAGUCGCACCCGUCUUCGUCAUCGUCGUCGGGCUCGUCGUAUCUGCAGCCGUCGCAUGGCCAUGCAGCAGCGGCGGACUCGCUGCCAAUGAGCCUGGACUUCGCGCCGACCGCGGCCGACCCCCACCACGGGCAGCAGCAGCACCAUCAUCACCAUUUGGGGGCCAUGUCGUUCCCGCCCCCGUCGGCAGAGCAGACGGCAGCUGGUACCACCUCGCAAUCGCAGUCGCUGCUGCCUGAUUUCCCGCUCGACUUCCUGCUCGGCCAUGGCAACGGCAACGGCAAUGGCGCCGGCGCCGGGCAGGGAUGCGGCGAUAAUAAUGGCGAUUGGCUGUAUGCCAAUGUCGCCAAUGGUGGCACCGAUUGGUUGAUCUGA